CUUUAUACACAAAUCUAACGCUUAAAAGAAAAAGAAAAGGCCCACUUUUUCAACUCGGUGACUGACUCACUUACCGAGUCAAUUCGGCAAUUUAAAGGUGGUCCUGAUUAUAAUUUCCUUGGAACAGCAUGUAUAUUCUUAAAGGGGAAAACAGAAGAAGAAUCUGUGGAGAGAUGGGGAGUCUGGUGGAAGAGACUGAAGGCCAGCGAGAAUACGAUGUUGCGGAGACUAUAUUCGUUGCAGUGGGGAAGAAUGUGGAGAAGAGCAAAACGACGCUUUUUUGGGCUGUUCACAACUUUCCCGGGAAAAUGAUAUGCUUGCUUCACGUUCACCAGCCUACUCAUGAACCCGCGUUGAAUGGAAAGCUUGCGCACAACAAAUUGAAACAGCAUGUAGUUGAGGCACCCCAGAAACUUGAAAGACAAAAAAUGCAAGAACUCCUAGAUGAAUACCUUCUUAUUCUAGACCAUGCAGGGGCACAGGCAGAUACAGUAUGGAUAGAGAUGGACAGUGUUGAAAAUGGGAUUGUAGAAAUUAUAGCACGGCAUAGUGUUAGAUGGCUUGUCAUGGGGGCAGCAGCCGAUAAAUAUUAUUCAAAGAAACUAGUAGAAGUAAAGUCCAAGAAAGCAAUCUUUGUAUGCCAAAAAGCACCAGUGUCUUGUCAUACUUGGUUCACUUGCAAGGGUUGCCUCAUCUAUACUAGAAUAGGUAGAAAAGAUGGAUCUAAUAUUGAGAUUGCAACUCUAUCACCACCACUGGAUUCUUCCCUAUUGACAGAGAAAUUGGAACUCUUGCUGUCAGAAUCUGUAUUUAGGGUGAGAUCUAUUGAUGUAGAGGAAGAUACUGAUGUAAUGGGUGGAAAAUUAAGGCCUAUUUCCUUGUGUUCAGAACAUCCAAACUUGUCUAACAAUGGAGUCGUUGACAGUUAUGGGUCAAUCCCAUUGCUGAUGGAUAAGGAAGAAGGACAUCAAGGACGAGUGAAUAAUGAAACUGAUCAACAACUAGAACUAUCCAUUAUGGAUGAUCAUAACUUAAAGCAGAAAGUGUUUGCAGAGACAGUGAAGCAAUGGAAGGAGGAAAAUGAUUGCAUGGAGGCUAUAUGCAAGGAGAUGAGCCAAAGAAGAGAGAUGGAGGAGUUUCUUGAAAGAAAGAAGCAAGAAAUACAAAAGGUGAAGGACCAGCAUGAUGAAUUUAUGAAAGAAUUGCUGAUGGUUAAGGGCCAGAGGCCAGUACUUGAGAGCCAAAUUGCUGAGUCCAAGUGCACUGAGAAGGAGUUGGAGGAGAAGAUAAUCUCAGCUGUGGAACUUUUAAUUAGCUUUAAGAAAAAGCGGGAUGACAUGCGGAUGGAGCAUGGAAAUGCCAUAAGAGUAUUGAAACAUUUAAAGAAAUCGGUAAAUGGUGAAGAUGUAAGCUUUCCAGGGACAGAAAUCCUUGAAUUUUCUUUCAUGGAGAUUAAUAAUGCCACUCGCAACUUUGAUCCAUCCUGGAAGAUUGGAGAAGGAAAAUAUGGAAGUGUAUAUAAAGGUCUCCUUCGCCAUGUGCAUGUAGCUAUAAAAAUGUUGCCCUCAUAUGGCUCUCAAAGCCUCUUGGAAUUUGAGAAUGAGGUAGAGAUAUUGAGUCGAGUGAGACAUCCAAAUCUGAUAACAAUGAUUGGAACUUGCCCAGAGUCUAGGUCACUUGUCUUUGAAUACCUCAGGAAUGGCAGUCUAGAAGACCGCCUUGCCUGCAAAAAUAACACUCCGCCGCUUCCAUGGCAAACUCGAACUCGCAUUGCUUCCGAGAUAUGCUCUGCCCUUAUCUUCCUUCACUCUAAUAAGCCUUGUAUUCCCCAUGGGAACUUAAAACCCUCUAAAGUCCUUCUUGAUGCUAAUUUUGUAUCAAAGCUCAGUGACAGCGGCAUCUAUCGCUUGAUCCCACAACGUGAAAGCACAGCUAUUUCUGCUUCAUUGUGUACUAAAUCUAACCCUAAGGUUGCAUCCGUUUAUAUGGAUCCAAAGUAUCUGGAGAAUGGACAAGUUACUCGAGAAUCUGAUGUAUACUCAUUUGGGAUGAUACUGUUACGACUUUUGACUGGGAGACCAGCGUUGGGGAUCUUGAAAGAUGUAAAAUGUGCAAUCGAGACAGAAAAUUUUAACAUGGUGUUGGACUGGUCAGCUGGUGACUGGCCACUCGAAGAAGCCCAAUUGUUGGCUCACUCGGCAUUAAGAUGUUGUGAGAAGCAGCCAUUGAAUCGACUGGACCUUGUGUCAGAAAUAUGGAGUGUGCUUGGGCCAAUGAGGGACUUGUGUAUUGAAUCGGUAUCAAGUUUGGGAGCUAAGGAGCCUCGCCGGAUCCCUUCUCACUUUGUCUGCCCAAUUUUUCAGGAAGUGAUGAAAGAUCCACUCAUAGCAGCAGAUGGCUUCACAUAUGAAGGAGAUGCUAUUAGAGGAUGGUUAGAAAGUGGCCAUGACACAUCACCAAUGACUAAUCUUAAGCUUGAACACUGCAGUCUGGUCCCUAAUUAUGCUCUUCAUCAGGCAAUUCAAGAGUGGCAACAUGCACAAUACUAGUAAUAUUUAUCUUUUUCUCGUUUCCUGUACAUCUGCCUAUAUGUCGACCGUAUCCCUCCAACCUUCAUACCUAUUCUUCGUGAACCAACUGAACCGAUUAAACUAUAGCAUGCUCAUACUCUCAUGUACAGCUCAAGGGAUUUCAGUGCCAUUGCUGUAUCCAACGUUUCACCUCAUCCAUUCUUUAUGGAAAUGUUUCAGUUUUGUCUUCGAAUGGAAUGCUUUUACAGUCGAUUCUUAUUUAGAGGGAAGUUGAAGGGUGGACUUGAUUGCUCCAAUUAACCUUCAACUCUAUUGUAUUAUUUUGAAGGUCACAAGUGAAACUUCAUGUAACACUGGAGUGUUGCCCAACUGAUGCUUGGGCCAUUAUCAUGGAAAUUGCUCAACUCAUAAUAUGAUUUUUCUA